UUAAUAGACCGAAUUAAUAAUUAUCGUGAAACUAUCAACGCUUCCAAACCGAUAAUAACUAAUAUAAACUACAACAUAACAGUAAGGGUAGCCAUUAAACGAAUUUAUCUAGAAGCGCGUUCUCAACUAUAUAUCUUUUAUAUCAAUAAAAAUAUAGUAUUAAACAUCAAGCGCAAAUAG